AUGGGACGAGGUUGCCGUGAACAUGUGCAUGAUGGACCAUCGGGAACCGAAGAAGAGUACAGCGAGCGUGAGCAUCUCCUGCAAGACAGUGUUGACUUGAUCGAUCAAUCGCACUCUCGAAAGCGCAUGCUAAAAGAAGAGAAGCUUGCCAAGGUCGAAAAGCGCGAGAGUGACGAGCUGGAAGAAGCAAGAUUUGCCCUGGAUAAGGCCGAAAGGGAAGCUCGACUCGAACUGGACAAGCGAGACAGCGAGAACCAAUGGAAACUUUUUCAAGGAACGCUGGGAGUGUUGCGCUCAUUUGUGCCAAAGCAAUAA